AUGGAUGAUGACGCGGCAACGAAGAGCAGCGUCAUAUACGUCGGCAAUCUGCCUAAGACGUUGACCGAAUCGCAAAUCCGGAUGUACUUCAACCAAUUCGGCACCGUGGUCAACAUUCGGCUAAUGAAGUCCAAGAAGACUGGCAACUCCAGGGGCUAUUGCUACGUGAAGUUCGAGAGCCACGAAAUCGCAUCGAUCACGGCUGAGGCGAUGAACAACUAUUUCAUCGACGGCCGAGUGCUGAAGGUCCACGUGAAGGAGACGGCUGACCAUGUGCGCUAUUUGUUCAAGAAGGGGAGGCCGAUCCUCAACCGACGCCGCCGCCUGCUGAUCCGUUCACGGGACAUUCAGGAGUCCCGCGAUCGCGCGGAGGCCACAGUAAGCGACACCCUCAACGCCCUGGGCAAAAAGCACGUUGCCGCUGAGACCGAAGCGGAGCAGCUGCGGUCGAGGCUGCAGUCCGCCAUCGAGCGCAUGGAGGCCAAGCAGAGUCGGCUGGGCACCAACAUUCACGACUCCGCAAUUCGCAAGUACAAGCGUGCGCUGGAGCUGCUGUCAACAUCCAAGUAG